ACUUAUUUACCAAUUAAUUUUUAGGAUCUUUUUGAAUUCAAAAUGAAAGCCAAGGGAGAUUUGAAAGAAUAUGAGGUCAUCGGACGUAAAUUGCCGACUGAAAAAGAAAAGACUACACCUUUAUACAAGAUGAGGAUUUUCGCUCCAGAUCGCAUUGUUGCCAAAUCUCGAUUUUGGUAUUUCUUAAGACAACUUAAGAAAUUUAAGAAAAGUACAGGAGAAAUCGUAUCUUUGAAAGAAGUUACCGAUAAAUCUCCAACAAAAAUUAAAAACUUUGGAGUGUGGUUACGUUAUGAUUCAAGAUCAGGUACACACAACAUGUACCGUGAAUAUAGAGAUACUACUGUUGCUAGCGCUGUUACUAAAUGCUAUAGAGAUAUGGGUGCAAGACACAGAGCCAGGGCUCAUGCUAUUCAGAUCAUUAAAGUGGAAGUUGUGAAGGCUAAGAACACCAGAAGACCACAUGUGAAACAAUUCCACGACAGUGACAUUCGUUUCCCUCUACCUCACCGUGUUGAAGGAAAACGUCGUCGUUAUAACACAUUCUCUAUUCGACGCCCAACAACCAGUUUCUUGUAAAAUCGAUAUUAUAUUUGAUUUUUCUGAAUAAAAAGAAUUCAAUUUAAUAUUUUUAA